AUGUCUAAAACAUUGAACGAUCAGAUAGUGAUCAGUGGUAUGAGUGGACGAUUCCCACAAUCCGACACUAUUGAUGAGUUUGCCGAAAACCUAUACAAUGGCACUGAUAUGAUAAGUGAUGACAACCCGCGUUGGCCUAAAGGACUGUAUGAUAUGAACUCACGAAUGGGUAAACUGAAAACUUACGACAGGUUUGACAUAACUUUUUUCGGUUUAAUGGAAAAAAUGUGUCACGAAAUUGAUCCGCAAUCUCGUCUACUAUUAGAGGUAACCUACGAAGCCAUCAUCGAUGCAGGAAUAAAUCCCGAUUCACUUCGCGGUACGCGAACCGGUGUUUACAUAGGAGUUGCCAGUUAUGCGGCCAGUGAUGGAUAUGCAGAGGAACUACAACCGGAUAUUAUUACACAAAAGGAUUCAGUGUUUUUGCAAAAUACAGGGAAUAUGAAGUCAAUGUUCGCCAAUCGGGUGUCUUUUGUAUUUGAUUUUAAAGGUCCAUCAAUGAUAGUGGACACGGCGUGUUCGUCCAGUUUAACGGCAUUUAACUUAGCAAUCAAUGAUCUCAGAUUAGGUAAUGUGGACUAUGCUAUCGUUGGCGGUACACACAUGACAUUUGAUCCGUACGUACUCCAAAUGGCACAGGAAUCGGGUAUUUGUUCGCCAACUGGACGCUCAUCAGUAAUGGACGAAUACGCCGAUGGUAUGGUCAAAGCAGAUACUGUUGUGGCGCUUCUGCUUCAACGUGGACCCGGUGCUCGACGAGUGUACGCUAGUGUACUGACUUCGAGAGUCAAUUGCGACGGCCGCAAGACUAUCGGUAUGUUUCAUCCGUCGAGUGAAGACCAAUACAAAUUAAUGGUAAUGGCCUACACUGAGGCCAAUAUAGAUCCAUUGAAAUUGACAUAUUUUGAGGGACACUUGACUGGAACUAAAGCUGGCGAUCCCGAAGAAAUUCGUUCAAUUUUUAGGGCUUACUGUGAAAAGCCAGACCGUCGACAGCCAUUAUUAGUGGGCAGUUUGAAAAGCAAUAUGGGUCACGCUGAGGGAGGUUCCGGUUUGGCCUCACUUAUCAAAGUGUUGUUAGCUUUUGAAAAUGAAUGUAUUCCUCGUAAUAUUAAUUUAAACAAAUUAAGACAUGAACUUAGACUAUACUGUCCACCAAUUAGUCCAGUGACUAGCAAUAUGCCAUACAAACCGGGAAUGGCCGCUAUUAACAACUUUGGUUUGGGUGGAGUUAAUGCACACUUAUUGGUUGAACCCAACUAUAAAAUUAGAUCCAUUAGUGAUGACGAUUGUCUGAGUAUAACCGAUACUAUACCGAGAAUAGUCAAUAUUUGCGGCCGAACUGAGGACUCGGUCAAACAUAUUAUGGAUUUUAUUGAACAAAAUCCUAAAAAAAUCACUAAAGAUUUUUUGGCACUUUUGGGUGAAAUUAUGAAAUACUCGCCUAAUGUAAACUCAUCCGGCUUUCCCUAUAGAGGUAAUGUAAUGUUGUAA